AUGGACAGCUGCGGCUAUGUGCAAAUGCAGUGUGUCACCCUUCCGGCUGUGGCGUCGAGGAAAGCCUCCAUGAGACUGAGCGAAUGUCAGCCUUCAAAGUCAGCCAUGUCCCUGGCCUGGCUGAAACGCUUCGCCGACAAGCACCGGCUACUGCAGCGCGGCCUUACAGCAGCACAGCUGAUCACAGAGCAUAUCAUACCCCGUACGGCAUAUAACAAAUGCGCUUUAACGGCGCUACUGCUUACCACAGCGGACGCCUCAGAGCGCGCUGCAGUUUCCCAGGGCCGCCCCUAUUUUUUCGUCAUCCAUGCCCGUUCACGGCCCUUUGCGGAGACCCUCGCCAGCCUGUGUCACCAUUUCGAACCAGAGCAGCAGCGACUUUGGCGGCGGCGGGCAGACGGUGAGGCGCUGCCGGCGCUCUCUGACGAUGACAUUUUCCUCUGGCUCGACGUCUUCGCCACGAAUCACCACAUAGAGCCAGGGGAGCACUCCUCAGCGCUAGCGGUGUUGCAGGAGGCCCUGGCGGAAGCAGAGGAGGCGCUGCUCGUCAUGGACCCGUACAGCACUGUCCUGCAGCGGAUGUGGUGCAUGUACGAGGCAUGGCAGGCGUGCCGGUCCGGGCCCGGCAGGCUGAGGCUGCUGGCGGGUGACGUUGGGCACCAUCAACUGCGGGAGGCCUUCACGGGACUCGACGUUAGCCGGGCACAGGCCACCAGCAAUGACGACCGCGUGCUGCUGCUGGACGUCAUCAAGCUCACGUCCGGCUGCGCCUCCCUGGACCUCGUGACCCGGGAGCUCAAGAACGGCCUCGUUGGCGCCGCGCUGGCUCAGCUGCCCGCGUCCGCGCCUGCCGCCACUUCCACCGAGUCCACCGACGACCAGGACGACGACGACACCAGCAUCGUUCAGUCAUUCAACGCCACUACGGAAGAGAACGGCGGCAGCAGUGUUCCCUGGAGCGAUGAUCUGGGUCGGAAGCUCUUCCUGGCGGCCACCAUGUGUCAUCUGAACGGCUGGUUGAACAAUGCCCGGACGCUGUACGAGCGGUCCCUGGCCGGCCGCGAGCGGGCUUUGGGCCCCACUCACCCGGACACACUGGCCGCCAUUCACGGCCUGGCCGGGCUGCUGGAGGCGCAGGGGCGCUACGCGGAUUCGGAGCCGCUGUACCGGCGGGUACUGGCGGGGCGGGAGGCGGUGCUGGGGCCAGAUCAUCCGGACACGCUGGCGACGGCGGCAGGCUUCUCUUCGCUGCUUAAAGCGCAGGGCAAGUACUGCCGUGCGGAGCAGCUGGCGCGGCGGGCACUGGAGGGCCGGCAACGAGUGCUGGGGAAUGAGAAUGAGGAGACGCUGGCGUCAGUGCACUCUCUGGCGGUGCUGCUGCAGCUGGAGGGCAAGAAUGCCGAGGCAGAGGCGCUGCACCGGCGGGCACUGGAGGGCUACGAGCGCGUCCUGGGGCCCGACCACCCGUGCACGCUGUGCUCGGUUGGCAACCUGGCGAGCCUGUACGAGGCGCAGGGGGAGUACAGUGCAGCGGAGCCGCUGUACCGGCGCAGCCUGGCAUGCAGCGAGCGGUUGCUGGGCCGCGACGACCCGCGCACGCUGGGGCCCCUCAACAGCCUGUCGGCGCUGCUUGAUGCGUUGGGAAGGUGGGACGAGGCGGAGCCGCUGUACCGGCGGGCGGCCGCGACAAGCGAGCGGGUGCUCGGACGAGACCAUCAUGACACCUUCAGAGCAGUGAACAACUUGGCGGGGGUGCUGAAGGCACAAGGGAAAUACGCGGAGGCGGAACCGCUGCUGACCCUAGCUCUAGAGGGCAGGGAGACGCUGCUGGGCCCGCAGCACCCGGAAACGUACGCAUGCGUGAACAGCCUCGCGGGUUUGCUCAAAGCGCGUGCCAAGUACGAACAAGCUGUCGUACUGUACGAGCGCGCUUUGGCUGGCCGCGAGGCGACGCUGGGCCCGGAGCAUCCUGAAUCGCUGGCAUCACGCAGCGAGCUGGCAGCGGUGCUGGUGCGCCUGGGCCGGUACACGGAGGCGGAGGCGAUGGCGGCACGGGCGCUGGAGGGGCGGGAGCGUGGCUCUGGGCCGAAGAGCCCGGAUGCGUUGGCGUCGGUGGACGUGCUGGCGUCAGUGCUGAUGGCACGUGGCAAGUACGAUGCGGCGGAGCCGCUUUUCCGCCGGGUGUUGGAGGGGAGGGAGCGGGCGCUGGGACAGGAUCACCCCGAUACCCUGAACUCGAUGUGCAGCCUGGCCGGGCUGCUGAAGGCGCAGGGACGCUUCCGUCAGGCGGAACCGCUGUACUCGCGAGCGCUGGCGGCCCAGGAGCGGCUCCUGGGUCCGCAGCACCCGGAGACGCUAGCCUCGAUGCACGGCCUGGCGGCGCUCGCUAGGGCGCAUGGCACAUAUGGCAAUGCGGAGCGUCUGGCGCGGCGGGCGCUGUACGGCAGGGAGGUGGCGUUGGGUGUUGACCACCCGGAGACGCUGGCGUCCGCGUGUGUGCUCGCUGGUGUGUUGAAAGCUCGCGGUCGGUACGACGAUGCGGCGCCGCUGUACGAGCGCGCGUUGGAGGGCCGGGUGCGGCUGCUGGGCGCUAAUCACCCGGACACGCUCACGUCACGUUAUUUGCUAGCAGGUCUGCGCAAGGCGCAGGGCCGCUACGGCGAUGCGGACGCGAUGCAUCGGGCGGUAUUGGAGCAACGAGAGGCCGUGCUGGGAGCCCGUCAUCCCGACACGCUCAGCUCUGUGAGCGCGCUGGCGGGUGUGCUGACAGCCGCGGGUCAUGGUCUGGAGGCCGCCCCGCUGCUGCGGCGCGCACUAGAGGGCCGCGAGCGCGUGCUGGGACCCGACCACCCCGAUACACUGCAUUCCGUCGCAGCCUUUGCGGGCCUGAUGCGAUGGAGGGGAAUGUACGACAUGGCGGACGCGUGGUGCGUGCGCGCGCUGCAAGCCCGGCAGCGGUUGCUUGGCGCCGAUCACCCGGACACGCUCGCGUCGCUCAACAACCUUGCCGUACUGCUGCGCUGCCAAGGAAAGUACGACAAGGCUGAGCAGGCUUGUCGCCGGGCGCUGGAAGCCCGUGAACGGGUGCUUGGUCCCGAUCACCCGGACACGCUCUCCUCAGUGAACACGCUUGCGGGGGUGGCGAGGUGCCUUAGCCGGUACGAUGAAGCCGAGGCGCUUUGGCUGCGAGCCCUAGAGGGUCGGCGGCGAGUGCUGGGGCGGUCUCACCCCGACACGGCGGCGGUGGAGAGGGUUCUAGAGGGCCUUGCUCGGCUGCGGCGGUGCUGCGGCUUGACGGAGGCCCUGACUCCGUCGUUCCAGGGUGGGAAGGAGUCAGGGCGGCUUGCCGGGAAGGGCAUGAGCGAAAGCACCGGCACCAGCGCCAGUGUCAGCGUCAUCGGCAGCGGCACCAACGCAAACGCUGGCAGCAAAUGUGGCUGUGUUGCGGUCUUGAAGGUCAAGGUCACGGCGGCGGCGGCGACGGCGGAGUGCGCGACACACGCGGACCACGAGCCGGACCAGGCCCCGACUGGCACGCAUGACCGCGGGCCGAAUCAUGGUUGUGGUUGGUGCAGAGGGCUGCUGGGGAUAUUUGGGUCGCACGCCAAGGUAAUGCCCACGGAAUUUUAGGUACACGACCAACCGGGCCGGG